AUGGCGGCCAAAAGAGUCUUCGAUCUGAACGAAGCUACGGUAAUAAAAAGUCAUUCUUUGUUUUGUUUUCCAUCUACCAUACACAUGACCGUAUGCGUGGGCUUGAUUAUCAUGUAUUCUACUGUUCUCAUAGAUUGCUGACUUGAAAGCAGAGCUCAUCCGUAAGGAAUCUGAGUUCAAGCGAGAGAAACUUGCUGGAACUGAACAGAAAAUCAAUCGACAACACAAGGUAAGUUUAUUCAAGCUGUUAUCUGUGCGUGCCUCUACAAUAUUGGCUUAAAUUUAAUAGAAUUGAUAAGCAAACAGUACAGCAAGAAAUUUCUGUCUUGUUUGAUUCCUGAAAUUUUGUCUACAGAUUCAGAAAACCUCAACUAUUAUAAUCGACGUCAUAUGCUACAGAUUUGUACACAGUUCAGUGUGAUUUUUGAUAUCAUAGCUUGUUCUGACAGUAGGUUAUGAACAUAGGGUUGCUGUUUGUGAAUUUCCUUUUUAAGGAGCUGAGUCGGAUGAUUGACAGGAUUUGAAGUUAUUCCAAGCUGAAAUUUUAGUAAAUUCUAGUAACAUUACCCUCGACGGUCUUUUCUCUUUUUCUAGAAACCUCCAGUUUGGGCAAAAGUGAAAAAAGAGACCAAAGAUACAGGCUCAAAGACAACUACUAUUAAACAAGAUGAACUGUCCUUGGAAGAGCAACAAGCCCUGCAAAAGUCAAGGUAAUAUUUUAUUCAGGGGAAAUUAAGUUUUACUGGUUUUAUAAAAAUGAUUAAAAUUGAACAGUCCAAAUAGCCAUAACAUUAUCUAUCCUUAAAUCUCAAAAUGCCGUAAAAAUCAAUUGAUAUCCACAUUGGCUUUUCCCUUGGGUAAAUACUAAAACAAAGAAUGACCUAAAACCAUCUAAAACCACCUCCAGAAAUAUAAACAAUCCACGGAGAAUAUUGUUUUUGUCAUUUUAUUAGCGUCAAUUUUGUCGCUAUCAGUUAGCCUGCAUGCACACCGGAAAUGUUGCAUUCUUUUUCCACAGGUAUCUUGUUUCAUGUAAACAAACUUUUAAAAUACUUAGGAAGAGCAUGUAGAAAUUGAUUACGAUCAGUCAAGUUUAGUUAUUGUACUUACAUUGUACAGUGCAAGGAUUGAACUAUAAAUCGGUAGGUAUACUUCAAGAAUUUUAGUUGCCAUGCAUUUUUCUUACCAAAGAAGUACGUGUACUUUCCGAGACAGGUAAUUCUGGGAUUAAUUCUUCACGCUCAAACUGUCAGCCAAAAUGAUAGUAAUUGCCCAUAUGUGGUACAAUAUUUCUCAAACUUACAGCCAGAAUUGCAGUUUCAGCAAUUUAUUUAGUAAACUUCUUUCCAAAGGUUUAGGAAAUGAAUGCAGUGUUUUUUAGUGAAAGGGAUACCAUUUUCCAGUCUGAAUUUUUUUUUUAAAUUUCUGUUAAUAUGUAGUGGGUAUGAAAAAAUACGUGCUCUUCUUUCUAACCUCUCUUGAUUAACCUUCCUUCCAACAGACAGGUCUUGGAAGCUAAAGCAGCUUUGUAUGAAAAGAUGGCAAGAGGAGAGAUUGAAGGUACUGUGUUGCUGAUUAAUUUAUUGUUACUUUUGUUUCCAAUCUUUGCUUUGAACCCUGGUAACCAUUACAAACUUUCAAGCUAGUUAAUUAUCAGGAGAGUAUUUAUAAUAACAUAUACAAUAAUUAUUAUUAUCUUAGUAAUUAACCUCAUACCUUUUAUGAGAUUCAUCUGGUUAAAACUAUGCUCUCUUAAUCUUUUCUUUCUUAAGAUGAAGAUGAUGGUGAAGAUGGAGGCAGAUUCCUGGUAGAUUUUCACAAGAAAGUUUAUUCAAAGGUGAUGAAAUUGUCAUUUGCAUCAUUCUAUUUUCUUUGGCUUACUUUUGUCAAAUUUACAUCCUGUCAUUCUGAAAAUGUUUACACAAUUUUUCACAUUACUGCAUGGUAUAGCAGAUACAUUAUUGGAUUGUGUUGUACUUGUCUGGUAAAAGCCCCUCUCAUGUUAAACCAGUAUUUAGCUUAGUUGAUUCAGAUUUUUUGUUGUUUCUUAGCUGUAAUUAUUCAUAGGAGAUAAAAGCAAUUCUGCUUUGACCUGGGGUUAAAUUUUACUUACAACAGGUGCACAUGAAUCUUUUACACAUAAAACAGCUCUCCAGGGGAUGGGGUCUAUUUGUUAAAUUUCAAAGUCAGGCAUAACAAAUAGCAUCGUGCACAUACUUGAUAUUCCUACUUUUUCCCUAAAAACGUUUGUGCCAACUAUGUAGGCUAAGCCCAGUCAGACUCUCUAAUUUAAUGCUGGAUGUUGAUUGUUACAACAAAUAUAGAAUUAGGUAUGCCACCUGAGCCCACAGCGGCAUUUUCUUUUUCUUAAAGACGGCCCUUACCCCUCAAUCCCCCUCCCAGUUCAACCCUUGGUUGUGUAAAUGGAAUCAAUUCUGCUUGACUUAUUUUAUCAAGCUCAGGAGGUACUUUAUAUCAGCUAGUCAUUUUGCAUAAGGGCCAUUGCACUUGCAUGACAGCAUCAGUGACUCAAUAGCUUUGAUGAUGAAAUCUGAUUGUCAGGAUGAAGAGAGUGAUCAGGAUUCAGAAACACUGAAAGAUGAAGACAUUCCACCACCAUCAGGACCUGAAGAAGAAUGGUGAGAAACUGAUUUUACUGUACCUUUAAAUCUUACGUCUGCUUAAGCACCUGAGGACAGAAGCUGACAAGUUAUUGAAGUAGUUGCCAGCUGUCUUCUAAAAUUUCUUGCCCAGUCUAUUCUGCCUCACUAUCAUGCAUCCUCCCAAAUAUCCACCAGCUGUUUUCUGAUAUUUUCCGGAAAGUUCCAAACCAACUUGUUUCUAAACACUCCUUGGCCCAAUACUGUAGGCCCUUUUCAGCUGAUCAGUCUUGUGGAACAAGCAAUGUGCAUUCUGGGACAAGACGAACAUAAAGCUUUCAUAUAAUUUUUAAAGGUGGUAAUUUCCUUAGUUCUUUCCCAAGUGCAUUUCUUUCUCUCCAGGCAACAUAGUGUGUGUUUUUUAUUUUUUUUAUGUUAAUUUUUUUAACAACAUGACUUAGCAACUGCCAAGGGCCUACAGUGCUGUAAUAGUCCCCAGCUGUUUUCCGAUCUUUCUUCCUGGUCCUCCCAGCUCUUCUACUGUAGCUCUUCCAGUAUCAUAGUUUGUCUUACUUUAGUAACUUCCUGUCCCCUUGUAAGUCGCCAGAUUUUAUCUGUAGGCAAAAGGAGAAGUCUUUUCCCUCUCUCAGCUACUGCCACGAACAUGUCAUUGGUAUUAAAUACCCUGUGAGCAAAGCAUUCUUUUGUCUUCUUGAGUGAAAAGGAGAAAAGGAGGUUCUGCCUGAAUCACGACAAACCUUUGAGGUCGCCAUAACCUGAACUUCUGAGCUAGUCAAUCUUCUUCUCUCUUGUCAAACUGGUUUUUUCGACUGCAAGCAUCCCUUAAUUGGUAAGCCGAUAGUGAUAACUGAGCCUGCUGUUUCAAGCGCAUGGUUCAUUAGGCCUGGGUUUGAACCUAUAAUUAUCUUAGCAACAUGCCAUGCAUGCUCAACAAAGAUCUUAGUUACUUAAUUCAUGCAGAGUCUUUCCCAAAAAUCAAGCAAGUGAAAUAAAAGCGUUGUUGACACGGCGGCAGCAGUAAUGCCAGGGGGGGUCUGAUUUGUGGAGAGAAGAAAAGGAAUAAAAUUUAUUAUUAAUAGUGUUUUUAAAUAUAAUUGUUGUUUCCAGGGUUGACUAUGUAGACUCUUUAGGUAGAUCCAGAAGAUGUCUUCGAAAAGAUCUGAAACAUUUGCAAGAGAUGGACAAAGAUAUCAGCAAUCGACAGAGGUUAGUCUUGAAUAUUUUGCUCAGUUUAAAUCUUUUCCAGCGUUCUUGGUCAGUUAAUAUAUAUAGUCUGCUCUUGCAUUUCUGUGGUUAAAGGCUGCAGUGCAAGACUUGUCAUAAGUCAUAAUGACCUGAUCAUUCAUUUUUUCAUCCUCCACAUUUUUGUCUGCCUGUUUCUCUGUAACUUUAAGCUAAUGAGAGUGCAUAACAAAUGUCAUCCUUAACUUGUUUUUGUGCUUUAUUUUUAAUGCAGUCCACCAACACUGUUGUCUGAAGACAUGAGAAGAGAACUGAUGAGGCAAAAAUGGGAGAAGGAAGAAGAAGAAGCCCUAAAUAAGCCAAUUGGACCUGUUCACUAUCAAGACAUAAGAUUUGACGGUAAAUAAUUUUGAUUUGUUCAGGACAAAUUACACAAAUUAUGCGUGGGUAAGAUUCUCCGCAAUCUUCAGAAUUCCACAUCCUACUCAGCCUCAUUUAGACAGUCGACUUGUGGCAAGUCUAAGCCCCAUUCGAUGCUUGCUAAUUAUCUAAAUAGUCACACUAUAGGAUUUCAUUCAGUCUUCUUGCCGGCUGCUUGGGGUGGAGUCACACAAUGCUGGAGGCGAGGAGCAUUGUGUGACUCCAGUUUGAGCGGCUGUGAAGGAGACUAGAUUUCAUUGAGAACCACCAGCUUUAAAAGUGCAACAGGAAAGUACUGCUUAUUUGACAGUUUUGAGGUGGUACAUAAGACUGGGUUGCUGUUGUGUGGGAUUGCUCCAUGGGAUUAUUUUGGAUUCUAUCACUUCGUUUACUGGCUAUUACUUAUUUGGGGAGCAAGAGUGGCACAGUGAUGAGAGCACUUGCUUCCCAUCAGUGUGGCCUGAGUUGAAAUCCCAGUGCCUACACCAUAAAUGUGGGCUAAAUUUGUUGUUAAUUUUCUUCCUUGCUUUUCCCCUCUUCUCAAAAACCAACAUUUCAAAUUCCAAUAGGACAUUUGUGUGAUGACAUUUUGCUACAGUCAAACCCCAUUAAUAUGUACACGGAUGGGGCCAUAGAAAGUGUCCGUAUUAAGCAGGUUGAAUUUAGAGAAAAUUUUAUAAGGGCUUUUUAUUCCCAGGGACAGAGCAAACUGUCCGUAAUAAUUAGGUGUUCGGUUUGACUGUACUAUGACCAGAAUUCUUCAAGGUUUUCUUUCUUGUGCAAAUUAGGGCUUUUGUUAUUUAAACCUCACUGAGAUUACCAAAUUUAAUUUGAAAAGAAAACCAAAAAGAAUUCUGGUCAAAGUAGAAAAAUGACGUCAUAGUGCAAAUGGCCUAUUCGAUCUGUAACUCAUGGACACGUAAAUGUCUGGUGGGUAAUCAAUUACAAUUGUUAUACUACUACAUGAGAAAUUUCUGCAAUUUGAUUGGCUUAGACAGUGGUAUUUUAGACUGGGACAAUUUUGGUAAAAAGCCGCUAAUAAAACUUCUGUCGGCAAACUCGAGGAAAAGUUGGUAAAUACUUUUUUCUAGAUGAAAAUUAUGUGCUGAACACGAAAAAAUUGUUUACCAAGCCUAAACUGGUGAUAUUUCAAAAUUGUCUCAAAUUUCACUCGCCUAUCGGCUCGUGAAAUUACGUAUAACAAUUUUGAAAUAUCACUCGUGGUAUUUAUGCCAAAUAUCACUACAAAUCAUGCUAUUACCUAUACUUAUAAAAAUUAUAGCUGGGAAUUUUUUCCCAACAGUGCGUGUUAUCAUUGGUUACUGCCAGGUCACAUGACAUCUAACAAUCAAACUGUUUCCUGCCAAAAUCUCUGAGCCGGCAACAUUGCAAAAUCUAUGACAUCAGAAGGUAACAGUUCACUAACUGCUCGCGAGAUUUAUUUUCAUAAAUUUCCUGCAGUUGUCCCUCCCCGAACCCAUACAAAGUUGAAACUCGAAAAAAUUUCCGGAUGAACACUUCCAGCAUUGUUUGUGGGGUGAGGGAAGGGUUUGGGCCUGUGCGAAUCGGAAAACGUCCCAGAAAUACAAGUGUCCCAAGACUUUUGUCUAUGAUUGUAGGUUGCGCAUGAACCUGGAUCUAUUGUUUAGCCCCAAAACAGUCCCACAGGGCAAUUCGGCACAACUUGGGCCCAGUCUCAGCAGCGGCCUUAAAAUAGCCACCGUAUUUGAGCAGUUACUCUUUUGAGGUCAUCCGUAGGCUCGAAACGUUUGAGUACGAAAAGAUGAUUAUGGACUCGGAUAGUAGUUGAUCCAGUCUGGUCUAGUGACUUACGUCGAAGCUGAAAGUACAGUAUCCUUUCGAGAAUAUAAAUAGAUAGUUCCGUUAAUGUACUCGCGUUUAUGGUUUUUACAACGACGUAACCUUUUCAAUUUUCCUUUUUUUUUGAACCAAAAGAGGUUCGCAACCAUGGUGUAGGAUAUUAUCAGUUUUCAACAAUCGAAGAAGAAAGACAAGAGCAGAUGAAGACUUUAGACAAACUAAGAGAACAGGUAGAGUGUCUUGAUGGAGGCAAACAAAUAGUUUUCCAUAAUUUACACCCGACAUCAAAGUGAAUCCCACUUUUUACAGUAUUUUGUUAAUUAUCUAGGUUUCAUGAAAAGGGCUUAAAAUUCUGCUCGGUGUUCACUUUUUGUUAAGUCUCGAUCUAAAAACUUGCAAUUUCUUAUCUUAAGAUGAUCUUUUCUCUCUCAUUAGACAAUGGAACAGCGACUCCGCGCUCAAAAACUGAAAGACAAAAGGAAAGCUGCCUUGGACGCCCGACUCGCGAAAGUGCGAGAGAGAAAACUGAAAAAGCUGAAAGCGUCAGGGGAAUUAGACGAAGAAACAGUCACUGAUAGUGAACAAACUGGAGGACAUGGCAUACAAACAUCCAAUGGGGAAAGCACAGUGGAACAAAGUGUUGAAGAGAAGUCCGUCAAUAAGGAGACGAAGGAAAGACAGAAGGGUUUUCCUACCGAAAGGUCAGAAAAGAAACCUGAUUUACCAGAAUGGGCAAAACAUAAGAUAAGUAAGUGGAUCGACUGUCUUUGUUUUUAUCAUUUUUUAGACUAAACAUGAGCAUUAUUUUAGGUCUGUCUAUACUCCUGGGACGCCCGCGCAAUUCAACGAAAAAACAUAACGCUUUCUAUUUUGUCCUAUUUUUUGACAUAGGCAAUGAAAAGUAAAUCCUGAUUGGGCUAUGCCACAGGCAGCCCAAUGAUUGUGAGCGCACGAAAAUGCAGCAAAAUUACUUCCUCGUGAAACUAUUGACAUUUACAUCAUACACUAACAGGCUCAGUAAACCUAACUAAAAGUUUGUAUGUAUCGUUUCGUCUCGUUUCAGGACAAACUUGUUACUUGUGAACAGGUCCACUUAAACUUGCUUUCAAUUCAAUUGCUAUUGAGAAUGUUAUGUACGGCCAUUAUAUUCGACCGUAGGUAGGAUUUUGUCGGACUGGCGAGUUUUCCAAUGAUUCUCUGCGACAAAGACAGUUCAUUGACGGUUUUCUGCUUUCUUCUCAGAGCAAACCGACAGAGGCGGCUCAUUUUCACGUAGUGAUCCUCGGUCUGAAAGAGUUCAAGAGUUUGCUCCGCCCGCUUUCUACUACGAAGAUGCAAAAGAACAGACAAGCAAAAAUACCUGGAAAGAACCAGCGAAGCUGUUCAAACACAAAAAUGAAACAGCUGAUAAAGGACCAGAACAGCAAGACGGAAACCUUGAUAAGCGUUAUCAAGAACAGAAAACUGACAACGAAGCCCCAGUACAAAAUCAAUAUCAACAAACACCGGUACCACCUCUCCCUGAGUUUCCAGUUCUUCCACCUCCCCCUCAGGAGUAUAUUCAACCGCAAUGGACUGGGUAUCAGUGGCGACCUCCUGGCAACGUGCCACCAACUUCUCUACCACAUCAAUUGACAUGGCAACCAAGAUUUCCAAUCAACGUCCCACCACCUCCUCCGUCGCUGUGGCAACAGAAUUUUCCUCCAUGGCAACCUCCUCAGGGCCCUCCCUCCAUGGGCGCGGCCCUUUUUCCCAAUUAUCACUCGUCAUGGAAUGAAAGUACACCAAAUAGUUACACAUCCUUUUCUGAGACAAAAACAGAAUUGAACACCAGUGAUACUGUUGCUAUAGAAAAAUCUGAUACAGGAAAUAUCGAAAGGGAAAAAAAUCCUGACAGAACUACACCCUCAACACAACAGGUGGCUGAUUUUGUAGCUCAGUUGCGUUCUAGCAGUUGA